GGCAGUUCCGCAGCUCGGCAAGCAGAACGUCAAGAUGUUGAGAUUCAGUCGGCCUCUCCUAUUUCUGCUCCUGUCCUUGUCGUGGGGCCAAACAGCACAUUUGCGGAGCCACAUCAUCGGAGGCCAGGAAGCAGUACCCCACUCCAGACCCUACAUGGCAGCACUCAAAACGGACAUGGGCUUUGGCUGCGGCGGGUUCCUGGUGGACCCCCAGUGGGUUAUGACGGCUGCGCACUGCAUGACAGAUAUGACCGUGGUUUUGGGGGCACACGACCGCUCCGCCAUCGAGGACACUCAACAGGUGAUUGGCGUUGAGUCGUACCACGAGCACCCGGAAUAUGAUAGUGCAACGGUCUCAAACGAUAUCCUUCUGCUCAAGCUGGCCCACAAGGCUACUCUGAACAAAUACGUCCAGAUGAUUCCCCUGCCGAAAUCUAGCAGCGACCUCCCCGAGGGGACACCCUGCAGCCUGGCAGGGUGGGGCCUGAUUGACGACAACCAGGACACGGAGAGGCUCUUUGAGACCAACGUCACCAUCUACAGCCGCAGGAAGUGCAUGAAGGUCUACCCAAACCUCAACGAUGGGAUGAUCUGCGCAGGCAGCCACAACGAGCUUCGGGAUACGAGCCAGGGUGAUUCUGGAGGCCCCAUGGUGUGCAACGGUGUGGUGCAAGGAAUCGUCUCGUUUGGCAACUCGUACCCUCCCGGCGUUUACUCUCGCAUCGGCCAUUUCCUUCCCUGGAUCAAGAAAAUCAUGGAUUCCUGAAGAGAAGAAGCAACGGGCGGCAGCACCCUUUGCUCUCUCUCUAUAUAUAUAUAAAAAAAAAACCUUCUGCAUGCUUAAUAACCUGUACGGCUUUCGUUCUGCAAUCCCACCCACCCGCAACCUAUUGAAGCGAGUGGGCCCAUGAGGUCUUCAAUUCGCAAGUGCUUUUGUGUGGUUCGCCUCUUCGUAGAGCGGCAAUUCCCAGAGAGGUUGAACAGUCGACCCAUCUCUCCAUUGUGGUGUAGUGGUCAAGUGCGGCGGACUCGUAAUCUGGUGAACCGGGUUCGCGUCCCC